ACCUACACGGAAACUGGUCGCAGGACUUGUUUAGUCGUGGUUUUGCUGGUCGUCGGUCACUGAUAUCCAACCAUGACUCAAUACGCUCUUAAUUUUUAAUCUAAUUUUUUAAUCUGGUGGAGAAACACCGGGCUCUAACAGGUGUUCUGUCGGACAGGUGACGGUGCCUGAGCCCGCAGCCGGAAGGUUGGAAAUGUUGGUGUUUUUUGUGAAAACGUGACCGCUCCGUGCAGAUAUGUGGUUAGUGUCAUUUCUUCUGAGUCUGGGAGCUCUGCACUGUACAGUGUCCUCCUCUCCCCCCAGCCCCAUAAAUGUGAUCUUCUCUUCAGUCAAUCUGAGGAAUGUGCUGCAGUGGUUUCCAGGAAGUGGCACACCGGACGACACACACUUUAUCGUGCAGUAUGCUAUCUAUGGUGACAGGGUUGAGGGCAAGAAAAACGCGAACUGGAGGGCGGUGCGGUUGUGUACGAAAAUAGCGCGGAGCUGGUGUGAUCUGAGCAAUGAGACGUGGGAUCUGGAGGAGGGAUACUAUGCCAGGGUUCGUGCUGUGAGCCAGAGAGCAUCCUCCAAAUGGGUUGUGACGAGAAGAUUCGAUCCAAAGACGGACACUAUUUUUGGUCCUCCACUGGUUUCUGUGAAAAUAGAGGACAACAACGCCAUCAUCACUCUGAAGGGACCAAUGAGAUAUCAACCGGACAACCACACCCCAGCGGUUUCCAUGACAACACUCUACCCCCAGAUGACUUACAACCUCUCCAUUGACAAUACUCGUCGCGGCCAGAUGCACCAUUUCCUUGUGAGCUCCAGUUCAUUCAAAUAUCGACUGAUGCGGUACGAUACAGAGUACUGCUUCUCUGCCAAGACAAAAUUCUUCUCCAUGCCCACACAAUGCAAUUCCUCAGCAUGGCACUGCAUAACUACGCCUCAAGACCCUGUGAUUGGCCAGCUGCAGAGGGUGGUUGUGGGUAUUGUUGUUCCAUCUGUGUGCAUGUGUAUGCUAGUGUUGGUUAGCUACCUUCUCUAUCGCUACCUGUCGGGGAAAGGACAGAAGAGCCCAUACAUACUGAACCCUCCUGCUUUACAUCUGGCCCCUCUUACGUUUCCCCCUGAGAAUCCCAAACUCAUCAUCAUCACCAUCAUCAAAGAUCUACAACCAGGAAGUGGCAUAUCAGGCCCUGCAUGCCCCAAGCAGCUGCAGCACAUCCCACAUCCCUCACCAGGCUAUGCCUCCCAGAGGCCUGAAACACCGGCAGAGGUUGAGGAACCUUGUGAUGAUUUGUCAGUCGACUAUGGAUUUAUAGACGUGGCUCCCCAAAUCGAUGUCAGAGGAGAAGAUGGAAAUAAUCCAAAAGGCGAACACCAGAAAUACGCAGCAAGAAACAAUUACGAGAAGAAAGAGUGGAGAGUUAGGGACGGCCAGUCCACUGGGCACACGCAGACACAUGCACAGACAGAGAUGAGAGCACUUAUACAAGCACAUGCAAGGUCACAGCCUGUGUUACCGACCCAAACUCAGGCCCCACUACCUUUUCAGAGAGCAACUAUGGGAGAGGUGGAGGAGGAUAGAGAGUUUCCAGUUUUACUUAUAAACACAACCCCACAAACUGGCCUCUUCCGUAUGCCUUUAGAUCUACAAACAGACAAAAUGGGAGGAAUGGGGGAAGGUAUGGAUGGAAAGGUAGAAGAUAGAACAGAUGGAGAUAUAAAUGGAGGUGUGGAAGAAAGUACUGAAUGUGAGCAAGUACCCCUUCUUUCAGCUUAUGCCACUCAGAACACCAAUGCCAUGCCUAACUCCACUGAUCAGUCAGAUUUCCUUUCAGAUGACUAUGGUGUUCUGAGACUGGAUACAGCACACAACAUAGAGGAAGGUGAUGAGGAGGGGGAGGAAGAAGGGGAAACUAUUUGUGUUCACUGGGAUCCUCAGACCAGGAAACUAGUGUUGCCAGAAAUAGCGAUGGAGUUCAACAAGGAGGAAGGGUUUGAUUGGUUGAGUCAGGGAGAGAAACGGAGUGAGAACAGGAUGGGAGGAGAAGAGGAGGAGGAAGUAAAUUCAAUGACGGGAGAGCUGAGGUUGGAAAAUGUGUAUGUAAGACAAGGGUCUGAGGAAAAGGAAGAGGCACAGAGAGAGAUGAAGAGAGGUGAGGGAAUGGAGUGGGAGGUGGAUGAUUUUUUGACUAGAUGGAAUUUGGUCAUCUCGAUGGACCAGUAGAUGAUAUUCAUCAACAUAUUUUAGACCAUUACUACCAAGGUACUGCACUUUUAAUUACACGCACACUUAAAUUCAUAAGCAUGACCUCAGUUUUAUCCAGAAUAAAACUUGGUCAAAUUCUGAGGAGCACUUAGUACUGUUGUCGGGUUACUUUUACACCUGCUUUAUUAGUAUAACUUAAAGAUCUGAACUUUAUCUGAUUAACAGAUCACACUAAUCAAUGUGAAUACGUUUGAAUAAGUCACACUGUGCUCACUUCUGAAGGACUUUCCCUGUGUUUACCUCAAUUCUGGGCUACAUAUAGUACACUAUCAGUGUCUUCUGUAUUUAUUUGUGCUUGAUAUGAAGUUCUUCUUUAAGAUAAGCAUCAUUCUGUAGCAAAGUGAUGUCAGCCAUGUACACCAUGGUCACCACAGCAUCAUAUCUCAGCCCAACAAAGCAUUAAUGGACUGUUCUGGUGUCUGACAAAAAUACCAAAUUACAAAAAGAUUGCAAAA